UAGGGAAUCAAGGCCCAAUAGCUACCUUCAAGUCUUAGGUUAGCUUUGUUUCCUUCACCCCCUGCCCUGCACUGGCUAACUUGGUUCUCUCUCCGACCUGUCCUGCCCUGCCAGCAGCCGGAUGGGUAUCAAAGACCGCAUCCGUAUGGGCAGCUCCCAGCGGCGGACAGGUCCUUCCAAACAGCACCUGGCACCUCCACCAAUGCCGACCUCCCCAAGCAGUGAGCAGGUGGGCGAGGCCACCAGCCCCACCAAGGUGCAGAAGAGCUGGAGCUUCAACGACCGCACCCGCUUCCGGGCCUCUCUAAGACUCAAGCCCCGUACUUUUGCGGAGGAGGGCCCGCCAGAGGAAGUAGCUGAGGAGAAGAGCUACCAGUGUGAACUCACAGUGGACGAUGUCAUGCCUGCUGUGAAGACAGUCAUCCGCUCUGUCAGGUGAGGGUGAAGGCUGAGGUAGUACCCCUUCCGCCUGCUGCCUAUUGCUGCUCCCCAUCUGGGCCUGCCCUCCUAGCCAGGCCUGGCCUAGCUCCCAGUGUGCCAGCUGCUGCCCACCUGGAGUGCAGAAGGGGUGGGCAGGUAGCAUAUGGCUCCCAGUAGGGCU